AUGAAGACGAAAACCGAAAAUGGUGUCACUACCGUUGUCGACCAGCAGGCCGUCAUCAUCCCCGACCUGUCUGUAAAGGACUUGCUGUCCGCUAUUCCGUCAGUCCCCCACUGCUUUAAGCGUUCAGUGUUCAGGUCGUCUCUCUACAUCGUGAUGGACAUGGCCCUUAUCGCCUGCACGUACAAGGCAACGACGUUCCUCGAAACGCGCAUCUCGCCCGAGUUUAUCCAGCUGCCACACGAGGCACUGUAUGGUUUCGCGCGGUUCUCAAUAUGGGCACUGUACACGUUCUUCACUGGACUGUGGGCGACGGGCCUCUGGGUGAUUGCACACGAAUGCGGGCACCAGGCGUUUUCGGAAAGCAAACUGAUCAACAACAGUGUCGGAUGGGUUCUGCACUCUGCACUCGGUGUGCCAUACCACUCCUGGCGCAUUACGCACGGGAAGCACCAUGCCUCGACAGGUCACAUGACACAGGACCAGGUCUUUGUCCCAAAGACACGCGCUCAGCUCGGUCUGCCUGCGUUCGACCCGGCAAAGGAGGACCUGUACGGUUCGAGUGUGACGGAUGAGGUCAAGCGUGAACUCAUGGAGGCACUCGGAGACUCGCCCAUCGGUGCGACGUCGAACGCAAUCGUGCAGCUGCUCUUCGGAUGGCCAAUGUACAUCUCGACAAACGCAUCUGGGCAGAAGCGGUACCCGAAGGGCACAAACCACUUCGUCCCGAAGGCGCCACUCUUCAAACCACAUGAGUUCUACCAGAUCAUCAUUUCUGACAUUGGUAUCCUCAUUUGGGCGAGUGUCCUUAUCUGGUGGUCAGUUUCACGUGGUUUCAACGAAAUGUUCCGCCUUUACUUUGUGCCGUACCUCUGGGUAAACCACUGGCUGGUCCUCAUCACCUUCCUGCAACACACAGACCCGGUCCUGCCCCACUACCGCGCACCGGAGUUCACCUUCCCACGCGGAGCUCUUGCGACGCUCGAUCGCAAUUUGCUCGGUGAUCUCGGCCCUCUCGGUGCAUGGCUCGGUGCAGUUGCGACGCAUGGUAUCUCAGAGACGCACGUUGCACAUCACGUAUCGAGCAAGAUCCCGCACUACCAUGCUUGGGAGGCGACAUACGCGCUUCGUGAGCGACUCGCGCGGGCGGGUAUCAAGCUACAAGGUCGUCCCGGCGGAUGGUCCGAGGUCUACCGCGUGUACAGGCAGUGCAAGUUUGUUGAAGACGAAGGUAACAUUAUCUUCUAUAAGAAUGCGCAAGGCCUUGCUGCUUCACGUCCUGUGCUGCCAGAGGGUGGCACAGUCAGCGACUCCGGUGUCGAGAUUGACUCGCCCGCAAAAGACAAGGAUGAGUAAAUUGGCUUACUUCGACCAAACUUUUUCUUGUUUUGCAUCCUAUUACUCGGAUCGUCACUCGUUAUUCUUGGAACAGCCCCAGCAGGUGGUUCUGGUUAUAUGCGCCUUCACACGGCACCUAGACUCGUAAUUACUUUGGCUGUAGCUUUGGAUUUGAUAGACAUAGUCACAUAGACCUAAAACGUAAUGCACAUGAACUAUCCUUGAAAUCAUUGUUGGUGCCUGUAUGGAUAUUCUAAGUAGCCAGACUAGAAGUGGAGUGACGCAAUUGACUUGAGGUAUAGGUGAUAUAUACCAAAUAGCUUUUGCCCCACAUAAUAAUAAUCACAAGCCCCAAGAAUGGGAUAUAGCGGACGCUAUCAACUUGCUGCACGUCACAAGUCGCCUCUAGCAUCCACUUUGCUCACUAGCUGUCAAUAUGCACUUUUCCCCGCCCAAGUCAAGUCACGAGCAUGACACCAAACCGGAUACCAACGGCAUCGCAGAAGAGAGGGAAGCGGAAGAAAGAGAGGAAGAAGUGUAAGUCGAGGUGCUACCUGGUGCGAAUCGUACGCCCAGGUCCUCUCCAGCAAAAUCGGAUUCACAUCCGGGUCACGAAAGCAUCCUGAGCAAAGAGGAGGAAGAACUGAAGAAGGUGAAGGAGAGAUGUAAGACG